GGGAUCAGCCCGCCCGUCCGUCCACCCACCCGUUGCACUUACAUGUUCUUCCUCCUCGCCCCGCGAAGGGUCAAAGUUUGCUAGCAACAAUAGACAGAAAAUAACGGGCAGAAAAUUGAGGAUUAUCAAGCGGACUUUUUCACCCCCUCCCCUGUCAAGACAAUGUUGUUGAGAGGCAUCAUUUUUGCUCUACUUUGCUGCUUUACGCUCGUUCCUGUGCGGGCAGAAGGAAAUGGACUGCGCAGGCAGAAAAGAGAUUGGAUUGAACAUCCCAGGCAGCUGAAGGAAAACCACGACUACUCUGGCAUAAACAUUGGCAGAAUUCGCUCCGAUAAAGAGAACUUCACGACAAUAUUGUAUUCGCUAAAGGGACCUGGUUGUGACGAGCCUCCAUUUGGUGUAUUCGGGGUGGACCAAAGAAGUGGCUUUUUGAAAGCCUAUAAAGUAUUGGACCGAGAGGAGAUUGCCUUUUAUGAUUUAAAAGGAGUGGCAAAAUAUGAAGACGGGUCUCGUGCCGAAAAGGAUGUUGACAUCCGAAUUACUGUUGUGGAUGAAAAUGACAAUCCCCCCAUAAUCAAAAUAGGCCAAGUGGGAACUGUCAAGGAAUCAUGCGUCGCAGGCACAAUUGUCAUGAGUGUGAUCGCCACCGACGCAGAUCAAGAGGGCACCAUAAGCUCCCAGAUCUUUUACAGCAUCGUGGAGACACACAGCACUGCCGGCAUGUUCACUAUCCACUCUAAGACCGGAGAUGUCUCGGUUCUGCGAAACACUCUGGACAGGGAGAGAAAAGAUACAUACAAGGUGGUCGUCAAAGCUUCGGAUUUGAAUGGACAACCUGGAGGAAACGUAGGAAUGGGUGAAAUUGAGAUCAAAAUCCUGGACAUAAAUGACAACGUCCCCACUCUGGAAAAAGAAUCGUACGAGGGCAGUGUGGAGGAGAACACCGUCAACGUGGAAGUGCUGAGGAUCCAGGCCAUUGACUUGGAUCUGGAAUUCUCGGAUAAUUGGCUGGCCGUCUUUCAAAUCAUCUCAGGGAACGAAGGAGGCUAUUUUAGCAUCACGACCGAUGCUAAAACCAACCAGGGGAUAAUCAUGAUUCAAAAGGAGCUGGAUUACGAGGAGCUCAAGUCCCUCAACUUGGCGGUGGUUGUUUCCAACAAGGCCAGUUAUGAUUUCGGAAGCUCCACGUCCAUCGUCUCAAAGUCGUACUCGGUGAAGAUCAACGUGAUCAAUCAGAAGGAGGGUCCCCGAUUCCAGCCGUCCGUCAAAGUGGUGACUCUGUCUGAGGACCACACGUUGAUCUCCAUCAACUCGGUCAUCACCACAUACGCCGCCAUUGACAGCGACACGCAGAAAAUUGCCACCAACGUGAGGUAUGUUAAAUACCGCGAUGAUGACAACUGGUUGAUCGUGCAUGAAAAAAACGCAGAAAUUAGGCUGAACAAACUGCCCGAUCGAGAGUCCAAGUUUUUGAUCAACGGAACGUACUACGCCCAAAUCAUAUGCAUCAGCCAGGAAGUGUCCUCAAAGACUGCCACGGGGACCAUUGCCAUUCAGGUGGAGGACUUCAACGAUCACUGUCCCAAAGUGACCGCCACGAGUCAGACCAUGUGCUACGACCAAAACUUCAUCUACGUCACGGCCGUAGAUGAAGAUGAGUUCCCCAACUCUGCCCCGUUUGAGUUCACUGUGAUUUCGACCAGCAGCCACGGGAAGUGGUCGGUGGAACAUCUCAAUGGCACGACGGCGAUCCUGCGAGAUCAAAAUAACUUGCGGCCAGGCAUGUACAAAGUGGCUGUUGAGAUCAAGGACCAGCAAGGAAAGUCGUGCGGCGACUUUCAGAUGCUUGACGUUGUUGUGUGCACGUGUGAGGAAAACACUAAAACGUGUACGGCCCACAUUGAAAGGCGUUCCGAUUUUGGUGUUGGAGGAAUUCUACUUUUGCUGUUGGGACUUCUGCUGCUGCUCUUGGUGCCGCUUCUGCUGCUCUUCUGCUUGUGUGGAGGGACCGGAGGAGAUUUCAAAGCCAUUCCGUUUGAUACCAAACAGCAGCUGAUCUCCUACCACACCGAGUGUCAAGGAGAAGAUCGGGAAGUUCCUCUCAUACACAUCCCAGAUGGUGAACAGGGGAUCAUUUCCAAGGGCAUGACCUUGGGAGGAAAGGGCUACUUGGGGGGACUGGUUGAAGUGGGUGGAGCGCUCAUCUCUGGCAAUGAGCACUCCAACUUAACAACCAACAAUGUGCACCUGUACAACGAGUACAACCAAUUUUCUGGCCAUGGAAGGAUGAAUGUCACGGAUGGCAGGACGAUGACAGGACAGGGUCACUUCUCCCAGUAUGGAGGCGGGGCCUUUGACGACCUGGCUGUGUCCGAUCACUUCCUGGAGGAAUACUAUUCCAGUAAGUCCAACCAUGCUGCCCAGAAUACCCAGGAGAUAGAUACCGCACUAGUCUAUAACUACGAGGGCGGGGAAUCUCUGUCAGGUUCCGUAGGCUGCUGUAGCCUCCACGAGAAUGACAACGACUUCUCGUUCCUCGAUGACCUGGACCCUAAAUUCAAAACCUUGGCUGAGAUUUGCAAGGGGUCAUCUCAAGUGGAUGCAGACAUAUGUAUCCAUCCAACGGUCAGACCGUUGUCUCCUGUCAGGCCUUCCCCUCAGAAGCAUGUCCAAACUCACACGGAGAGCAUUAGAGACCAGGAUCGCCUCCAUGUCGACACUCUCAGCACCUCCAAGGUAACAUCUGGAAAAUCCACAAUUGUCCAAGAGGGAUCAUCCACGCUCUCUAAGGUCCACGUUCAAGACAAUGUCGUGAUUCCCGGUCAAACGCUGCUCGUGCAACAGCCUGCCUUGUACUACGCCUCGGCGCCCAUGUAUGUCGUUGAGCCCCAGUCCCAAAUGGUGCUUGUCGCGGGAGGCGCCCAGCAGGGAGUGGGACAGGUUGGGCUGGCCCAAGGCCUGGUCCAAGUCGGUCAACAGGGAGUGGGUCGGGUUGGGCUGGCCCAAGGCCUGGUCCAAGUCGGUCAACAGGGAGUGGGUCAGGUUGGGCUGGCCCAAGGCCUGGUCCAAGUCGGUCAACAGGGAGUGGGUCAGGUUGGGCUGGCCCAAGGCCUGGUUCAAAUCGGGGGCCUCCAGGGAUCUCAAGGGAUGGUACUUGUGGACGGCCAAGUUGGGCAGGUGGCUCAAGGAACCUUACCGAGACAAGUACUGGUGGUGGAGAACGGGUCUACGGGUGGGGGGCAGAGUGCACAGGUGGCCUUCGUCCAGAACGGUCAGGGAUCUGGCGAGCAAACAACCUUAUCUAGACAAGUUUUGCUGGUGGAAAAGGGAUCUUCGGGCGGUGGUGCACAGGUAACCGUAGUCCAGACAGGUCGGGGAUCAAGUGAGCAUGGAUUGGAUGUCAGGGGUCAAAGUGUGCAGGCUAGGAGUUUCUCAUUGGCUUCUCAAGAUUCCACAGGGUCAAAGGAGGACUUUGUCCUGAAAGCCAAACCCAAGUCGCAAGUCGGCCAGAGGGUGGUGGUGCAGCAGCGCAAGCAGGUAUCGGUUACAGAGAGGAAUAUAGAACCGUUGUCUCGAGCUUAAAGUUAACGUUUGCUAUCGGCAUGUCCACUGGAAACACUCCUCACUGUAUUGCUGAUAUCUUUUAUGCAGUCCCAAUAUUCAUAUUGUUGGUUGUGGGUCUUGAACCAAGUUCUUCCAGACCCUCACUUUUGAAACGGUUUAUGAUGAUUUGGUUGAGUAUUUUACAAACAGUAUUUUGUUUACUUGUGAGAAACACAAAGAUAGCAAAUGCAGGUAUGGUCAAGAUAACAUCAUAACCGUGAAUCACAAUACAGCUAUUACAGAUAAUAAUAACCGAGAUGUAUUGGAUAUAUUGGAAGAACCUUACACCCUUUACAGCACAGAGUGAAUAAACACUAUCGUAUUUGCUUUUUCAUUUGAAAAUAAUAAGCUCUAGAGAACAAGGUUUCUGUUUUAGAGCCUUUAUGUGCAACAAUGCGUUUGGUGUGAUUCUGAUAAAUUAUCAGUUAGUAAUAGUUUAACUUUAGGAAUGCCUGGAGCUGACCUUGUGAGGAUUGAGCUUUAGUUAUAGUGCAACUAAUCAGCGACUGUUUAUUUGGGGUCUUUGAAAUAGAUCUGCAGCAAUAACACAUCCGAAGCAUUUUCGCUAACAUAACCCAACGUGCUUUAAAAUCCUGCAACCAAACGCGAGUAUGGAUGCAGUAUAUUUCUUUUUGUUUUGUACUCCUUCCUAGUUUUACAAAUGGGAGGAAUAAUGAAUUGCUUUUCCAUGAGAUGCUUUUUCUCCCUUUGCUUUUGAUACGCAAAUAUUUCAUACAAGUUGUAACAUUCAGAAUGUAAAUAGCCCGCAUUAAAGACAGCGAAAUCUGUCAAAGCAGAUUUGUUA